CGGCAGGAGCCAUGGGUAACGCUGGAUCCGUCUACAUGGCCAACGCUUCUGGUCAGGAUAUCCAAGUCAUAGCAUCCCUCAGUCCCGAAUGGGUUAUUAUUGAUCUCCUAUUCGACGCCACGUUGCUCAUUGCCGCUUUCACUGGACUCUCGGACAUUAUCGGCGCUGCGGAACUACCUGAGGCGAUAGAAACCGUUGCGGAUCUUUUUCAGCUCAUCAAAAUAGCUGGCGGGCUCCUGAAGGAUACUGUGGAGAUUGGCCUGCAUAUUGUGGAGGCAGCUCAAACAGUUAUCGAUGCUGUCAUCCAAAACACCGUAACAAUUAGUGAUGGGAGUUACCAGGACAUGCGGGAUGAAAGCGUGUGGGAGCAAUGUCUGUCUCCUGAUGGGAUUGCGGGCAUAUUUGGUGCGAAAACCGUGAUGGUCUUGGUCAUGAGUCGUGAUGGAAAGCGAGUGUCGUUGUGGGAAACGGGACCCGAUGAUUCCUGGAUCGCAACUGCGGAGCACAAGAUCGUUCGCUCGGUGAAUGGUAGGAUUUGGGAGCGUGAUCCCGACGCUGGCACAGUUGAAUGGCCGGGGCAGGGGCCGCACUUCCCAAGCUUCUGCCAUUCCUACUGAUAUGAUCAGAUAUUUGGUCAGAACGGUGGAUGAUUAAACUAACCACUGCAAGUAGCAUACGGAAAGAUAUCUGUCUUGGUUGUGUUCCGUGUGUUUCAUGGUCACCGUGAUCAUUUUCACC